AUGCCCUGUACAGCGCGAAAAGGAAAGCAGACGGUUGCGUGGGGAGUCGAACGGCGGGUGUCUAUGGUGAAAGAUGGAGUGAACAAUCCAACCAGCCGUAGCUACGAUUUGGCAGGCUUCGUACCUGUUCGCAUCCUGAACAAUAACAGUACACACAAGAGCGUUUCACUGUUGGGGCAUUUUGUAAGCCUAUCGCGUGACGAUUACGCGAUCAUUGUGUUGGAAAAGACGGCCUUCACUGAGGGGCAGCUGAAAAAUCAUAAGCGUCAUCAAACGAGCACGGUGACGAAAGCUAAUUCUGACGACGUCACGACGAACUUGUCGGAAGAACAAUAUUUGGUGGAAGAAACUGCCCAAGAUUAUGAAACCGUGACAUUGCCUCAUAUACAAAAGGAGCAGCUAAGCAUAGAUGGGCUUUACAAUAUACUAGAGCAUCGGAAAGAGAAGGAUCGCAUAGUUUUUGAGGAUCCGUCAGAGGAAAUUGGCUCCAUAUUGUUUCCGGAUCUAGAAUGGGAUGGUAAAACAUUGGAACAACUUUAUCUACUCGCUUUACUGCGCCAGCGAGGUAUCAAGUCAUUGCGGGAUCUAAACGCUACUCAUUUACCAUUGCUGAAAAAUAUUCAAACACGUGGCAUUGAAGCAAUUAAAACACGUUACGGAAUUAUCAACUACGAAUCUACAUUCACUAUCAACCCACAUUUUACCACCCACACGUGCAUUUCACAUAUCUGA